AUGAUUCUAGUCGAACGAUCUGAAAAGGAAGUUUCCGAAAGAAGUGCAAUUUGUUUUCUUAUCGUCUCAAACAUCAUUUAUGCAAUUCUCCCAGUGUAUUUUCUUCUCAUUGGUCUGAAAAACCUAUCAAAAUGUCCUAUCAAUCCGUCCCUCCCGAUUUGGCUGAUUUGUGUCGCUAUUUUUAUCAUUAUCGAUAGAGUGAUAUUCUGGAAGAUUCUUAUCAACGAAGCCAAAUUUGAAAAGACAUUCCGACGACCAGAAACUGAUGAUUAUGAGCUGAUGAAAACAUGGGAAAAAGAUCGAGCAAAGAGUUCUUCGAAAAUUUUGAUUCUAGCCAAGACGAACUUGAGGAUCUUUUUUUUCGUGGCGAUUAUCAUCGGAGCAGUCUGGAGCCAAAAAAUCAUAUUCACAGAAUCUUGUAAGCCUACUUUAGUCUUCACUGUAUUUGGAUUCUCCUUUGCUGCACUGAUUUGUUACCUGGUGUCGUUUAUUGAAACUAUGUAUAUUAUUUGUGUAGCUUGGUUGAGCAAGCUAGACUUGAAAGCUAAAAGAUCAUUGAGUAGAAUUGUUUAA